AAGCCAUUACUUUAAAACUCUACACAAUUCAUUGUUCCUCCAUUUUCCACCCUUAGUUGCUCCUGAAACCUCAAAGAACAAAGGCAUUAUAAUCUGUAAGGGCUCACUAAUCAUGGCCUCAACCUCUUCCUCCACGCUUACAAUCUCCUCUUCAUCGACCCUUCUUGAUGGAAGGGCUCCUCGUUGUUCACCUGCAGCAUCAUCACAAUGCGUGACGUUCCCCACACUGCCCCCACCUCAAGUGCAGUCUCAGAACCGACCUUGGAAGACCACUGCCUAUUGCAGUAAGAUUGCUCGCAAUGUCAUGGCCAUGGCCACCGGAGAGGCACCGGCAGAAGUUGCCGCGUAUGAGCUGCCAGAGAUGGUCAGAACAGCUCAAGAAGCUUGGGACAAAGUGGAAGACAAGUAUGCAGUGUCUUCACUUGCAGUUGCUGGUGCGGUUGGAUUGUGGGUCUCCACUGGAAUGGUGUCGGCACUUGAUAGGCUUCCUCUAAUUCCUGGCGCGCUUGAGCUUGUUGGCAUUGGCUAUACUGGAUGGUUUGCGUACAAGAACCUGAUCUUCAAACCAGACAGGGAAUGUUUGAUACAGAAGAUAAGAGACACAUACAAGGAGAUAAUCGGGAGCACCUAGAAGGAUCAGACACAGAACUACAUUCGUGAAGUUGUGAGUCUCGAAGCAAAUAUCUUGCAGCACUAUCAAGUGUGAUAAGACGUAAUAUGUACUUUGUCUUGAAGAUGUAACUACUACCUUAACUACAUUCCCCUUAAGCACCAAUCAAUUUCCAUGAUCACCUUUCAUGGGUCA